AUGCCCUAUAAGAAAAAGCCGAAAAUAGAAAGGGAAAAAAUACGGCACGAUAAAAAGGUAAUUAGGCUUGCGGUGUACGUAUUCGGAUCAUCAGCCCUGAAAUGUUUGAUAAUCGCAUCGUUAUUUUUUUCCAGCUCGGGUGACGUACUAGUCAAGUGUGUGUGCUUUCGAAGCCAGAGGAAGUCCUCAAAGCCUUACGACGUUCAUCUGAGGCUCAAAUCCUGUGGUUCAGUGGCAUUGUCAAAGUGCCAGUGUGCUGCUGGCACGAGUGGUGGCUGCAGCCAUAUUUUAGCUGCGUUAAAGCUGCUUCUACUUCUGAAGAGUAGGAACUACAAGGAACCAUCAGCUGAAAUAUCAUGUACAGAGCUUCCACAGCGAUGGCGGCGACCACGUAGCAGCCCGCUUGCUCCCUUGCCCUUGUCAUUUGUUGACUGGACGAGCGUGCGUCAGGAUGGGCUUGUCGAGCCUAUAAAUACAAGGUUCUAUGACGCAAGGAGAAACUGUGACACAUUCAGGGAUCUGACUGCAAGAAUAAGAACUUUGGGUUCUGAACAGUCAGCAACCUGCCCAUCUGCAUUUAGCAGGCAUCUAGAAAAGUGCCAUAUUGUUGAAGGGACAUCAAAGUUGGUACCGUCACCAGAAGGAAGUCCUUUGCAGUAUCUGCGGCCACUUGUACCACAUGGCUAUCAAGCAUAUGUGUCACCCGAGAUUUUGUGUGUAAACACAACAGUAUCUGCUGUGCCAACACGGCCUGAACUUUUCAAGUCGUCAUGCAAGUGGCAGCCCUCAUCUAUGAGCCAUCCUGCUCAUCAAGCAUCUGUUCUUGAGAAGCUUCGAAUAUCUUGCGAGGAAGCUGUGGCACUGGAACAGAAUACAAGAAACCAGGCCCAAAGUGAUACCUGGAGGCAAGCUCGGCGGCUUCGUGUGACGGCUUCGUCAUUUGGGGUAGUUGUUCAGCGACCCACAUGGACAGAGAAAGGCCUGCACAACUUGGUCUUGGAGAGAGACUUGUCUCGUGUACGGGCAGUCCAAUAUGGUAUUGCAAAUGAACAAGCAGCUGUUUACCGCUACAUCUCAGCUAUGAGAACAAGAGGUCGUGACGUCGAAGCAUUCCAGAGUGGCCUGCUGGUUGACUCCUCAUGUCACUGGUUGGGUGCAUCUCCAGACCGCUUCAUUUUUGACCCAGCAGAAACACAAGUGCAUGGGUUACUUGAAGUGAAGUGCCCAUACAGUUUAAAGGGAAAAUCUCCAGACGAAAUGGGAGACUCACAUUGCAUGAAAAAAGACAGUCACAAUGUUUUUAGGCUAUAUCGUAAUCAUGCUUACUAUUUUCAGAUUCUCGGUCAGAUGGCACUGUCUAGCCUUUCUUGGAUUGACUUUGUGUUGUUCUCUGAAAAAUUUAUCAUUGUUGAAAGAAUAAGAUUUUCAGAAGAAGAUGGGGGCCCGCGUCAGGCCUAAACUGGACAGUUUUUCUUGUCUGUUUUGUUGCCACAUUUUGCUUCCUCACAAGUGCAAACGAAUUAAGCUGAGGUGAGACUGAAAGGUUACAUGGGUAAAUUGCAAUCGGAGGAGUUGAACACGAUUAUGCUUCUUAAGUUAGCCAUAUGGUGGGACUUGUUGAGCUAUGUGUAAACUUGAAAAUAUUUAAACUGUAUUUCAGUUUUCUGUUACUUUUCUUUUUUCACACAUGUACCUUUUUCUUGAAAACUUAGUCACAGAAGUUUCAAAUUCUGAAAAAAGUGUUCUGGUAGUGUACACAUUUAGGAUUACAACUAUGUCGGUACCUAAAGAAAUUCAAGCACAAAAUUUGUUUUUUUUCUUUAUGGUGUGAUUUUUCUUUAUGGUGUGACGACAUACUUUUUACUUAAUUACUAAAAUUCAGGGUGCGUACAGGUCCUCGAAAUUAAAAAGCGUGUUUUCAAGGCCCUUGAGAGUCCUGGAAUUUUUUUCCUUCCUUGAAAAUCCUUGAAUUUCGUGAGCAAUGCACUCUGAUAUCGACAUUGUGACCUCCUUUCUGUGGUAGAUUGGCUUUGAUCCAUAUUUCAGAAACAAUACGCCAGCGCGAGUACACAUGGUUCUGUUUUGCAGAACUGCACGGAAAAAAUAACAGGCUUCACUGCGUCAAACCGCGAAGGGAGCGAGAGACCCGUGCCGUGCUUCAGUGCUGGCUCGGCUGGUAGUGUUUACGCUGCUUUCCUUACUCUAUCGUACGUUUCACUCCUCGCCCGUCAGUCUGCCUUGUUCCACUUUCACUCUUGCACGCGAGGUGAAGCUAAAGAGAGCUAUAGCGGAGCAACUUUACCACCGACGCUCAGUGCCUCUGGAUGGAGGUUUGUUAUAUUAUUUCUGGUAAUAUAAGUGCAAUAAAAUUACUUAUGCUGAAUGUUUUAGAAAUGUUUGAUGAACCAACCCAGCUAAUACUGCAGAAGCCUGAGCAGCUGUUUUGAGUGUUCGUUGUUUUAAUAUUGCGGACUUGUGAAAUGAUCAAGACAACACAUGUUUUACAAAAUUUCAAUAUACAUGUAUUGGUUAUAAUAUAAUGGAUGUGCAGCAAGACUACACUGAAUGGUUUGUAAAUGUACGGUAAACUUGCCCAGCUAAUACUGGAGAAGUCAGAGUAGCUGUUGGGAGCAUUAUUGUGUUUCGUCAAUUUUUUUGGUAUUGUGAACUUGCAAAGUGAUCAAGGCUAGACAUUAUUAACAUCAUUGGGAUAUACAUUUAUUUCUUUUUAUUUUAGUGCAAUAAACCUAUACUGAAUGUUUUGAAUAUUUUUGGUGAACUUUCCCCAGCCUAUACUGGAGAAAUCUCAGCCGCUGUUGUAAGCAUUCAAUUUGUGUUGUCAUCUUGAGAAGUUAUCAAGGCUAGACAUUUUUAUUGUAAUUGUGAUAUAAAUUUAUUUAUUGUAAGUGCAAUAAAAGUAGUCAUUUUUGAAAAUGUUAGAGUAAAGAAAUCCUAGUUUGGAUGCCGCUUUUAGUCCUUGAAAAACCUGUGACAGGUCCUAGAGUAUUCUUGAAUUUUUGCCUUGGAAACCUGUACGAACCCUGAAAAUUGUAUGAGAUAGUCACUAAUAAAAUGCACUCAUCAGUUUCUUAGGAAAAUGUACAAGUGUCCUAUGAGCACAUUGGUCCUUUUUAGGCCCAACUUGGCCCAUAUUUAAUGGUGACUGCAAUAGCACAGGGAGGGCAUCCUUUAUAAAUUGCCUAUGUGCCACAGUCUUCGCCAUGUAAUGCAAGUACAUCAUCCUGGCCUGUCCAGUUACCUGAACAUGUACAUGUAACAGUUUUCUUAACAGCUUGACCAAAGGGACGACGCGCCAAAAUAGUCAUUGCAGGAAGACAUAAAAUUGUUUGAAACAUGAAUAAAACAAUU